UGUGAAAAUUCCCUUUUAGCUCUGCUCCCUACCUAUAUGUAGCCUACCCUCUAGCCUAGUGCUUCAAGCAACUAAAGAAUCGUAGCCUUUUAUAGUAUAUAAUGGCUGAACUGCAUGUUUCUGUAGAGCUUCCUGUGUUAGAUUUAUCCCAACCUGUGAACCUCUCAUUUUUAUCUUCCCUAUCUCAAGCCUGUCAAGAAUGGGGCUUCUUUUAUGUUACCAAUCAUGGUAUCUCAAGAAACUUGUUCAGCAAAGUUUGCACACUUUCGAAACAUGUCUUUAGCCUCCCCACAGAUUCCAAGCUCAAAGUCGGUCCAUCAUCAUGCUUAAAGACCUACACUCCUCAUUUCAUAGCCUCGCCUUAUUUUGAAAGCCUGAUAGUGUCUGGACCAGAUUUCUUUGCGUCUGCUAAGCGUUCUGCUGAUGAACUCUUUAGUCAACAAAACUCUGAAUUUAGUGAGAUAUUACAGGAAUAUGGAAACAAGAUGAUCGACUUGUCAAAGAGAAUCAUCGAGGUUUUAGUGAUGACUUUGGGAGAUGGUUGUGACAGGAAGUUUUGUGAAUCAGAAUUCAGCAACUGUCAUGGCUAUUUCAGGGUUGUAAACUAUUCACCACCGAAGGAUGUGGAAGAAAGGGAGGUUGAAGGGCUUGGAAUGCACACUGAUAUGAGCUGUAUAACCAUCGUCUAUCAGGAUGAGACUGGUGGGCUGCAAAUGAGAUCCAAGGAAGGAGAAUGGCUGGACAUACCUCCAUGUGAGGAUCUUCUUGUUGUUAACAUUGGAGAUCUGAUGCAGGCUUGGAGUAAUGGAAGGUUAAGAUCAUCCGAACACCGGGUUGUUUUAAAGCGUUUAGUAAAUCGCCUCUCUCUUGCUUUCUUUUGGUGCUUUGAGGAUGAGAAGGUGAUCUUGGCCCCAGAUGAAGUUGUGGAGGAAGGAAACCAGAGGAUUUACAAGUCAUUCGUUUGCUUGGAUUAUCUGAAAUUUAGAGAGAGUAACGAGGAAGGUAAAUUUGAGAAAAUCGGGUACACUGUAAAAGAUUUUGCAGGGCUCACACUUCAAAUGUAGCAAGUCAUUCGUUUGCUUGGAUUAUCUGAAUUUUUUAUGUUGGUAAAUGGCCUGUGAAAUUCUUGAUUCUGUGGGAGCAAAACUAAAGCUGGAUAGGGAACCUGGAUGGGCUCAAGAUGCGAUGGAUUGAGCAGGAAUCGCGUGGUUCGUAGUGUGGAAAAAACAAAGGCAAGCGAAGGAAAAGGAAAGCACAAAAUAAAAUAAUCUGUGAUGUAAUGGAUUGAGCUGUGAGUAUGCAAUGGUGUUGAUAUUCUACUCUUCCUGCAUUGUUUAUCUAGCAUAUCAGCCGGGUGGAUUUUCUGUCGUUUUCUUCUCUUUUCUCGUUUUCCUGCUCUGCUUGAUUGCUCUUGGGACCAAAUGGAGAUCUGGGAAUGAUGAUACUCUACCCUACGCACAGUUCACGCCCACUUUACUCUCAGCAGGUGGUUUACAGCAUUUAGUAAUAUAUAUAAAGUAUAUCUGUGACUGGUCCAUAGCACAUAUCGAUUGUCUUAUCAGGAAAAACUUUGUAGAGUUACGUAAAAGAUUCUUAAAGAUGAUUGCUGAUUGCCACUAAGACAAGUGGUAAGAUCUGGGCAGACCAAAGGAAAUCUUUGAAAAUAAAAUGAGUAAUGAUGGCCAAUUCCAUGAUUUACAAGCCUUCAUAAAUAAUAUUUUUCUUAGAAACUA